AUGGGCCGAUGGGCCGACUUCGACGCGGUCGAGGCCGACAAACUCGGCACCUGCUCUGUCACGGCAAUCGUCAACGAGGAAGGCUUUCUGCUCUCCAACACUUCCUCGGACGGGGCUCGCGAGAUCCCUGCGGCAGAAGCUCUCUGUGCGCUCUACAAUGCGAACAAAUCGCUCUUCGGCAACAAGCCGGUGAAUGUGUGGACUGUGUACGAGCAGGAAAACGCCGAUAAAGGACAGUGUAUUUCGCCGAUUAUGCAGAGGAUCAAGCCGGCGAGGAUCUUCGAGCAAGUUUAUGACGGGGAAUCUUUCAUGAAUUGGCCCAGUGAAGAAGGGGCGAAGUUUUCUUUGAAGGUCGUGGGUGGGACUGUCAUGGCUACGAUGCGCCGCCAGGAUGGAGCUGGGUCUGCUAUUCCGCUUUAUGGGGAUGGGACGACUGUGGUGUCUCGUCUAUAG